CACACCCCAGAUCUCGCGAGAUCUGAGAAGCGGAAAAAAUGGCGCCGACGUGAUCGAGAUCCCGCGUCGCCGAAGAAGUCUCCCCUGCUGCAGCCGGAGCCAUCGAAGGCACGGGACCCAGAGGUCGAACUGAGUGGAGGAUGGCCUGGCUUUGCUUGAGCCACGCCCACUCUGCUCGAGUUCAGCCCCUAAACUUCACACAUCCUGGCCCCGAGCAUCUCCGAGAUCGUCUGUCUGCACAGCUCUAGUUCGGCCGGCAUUCCCCAUCAUCACACAAUCCACUCUAGGCCUUGUGGCAUUUUCCAAGUUGCUCCCAGGCCGGACCCUCGCCCUCUCCCCUAGGCCACGCCUUCACCCCGUGGUGCCUCUCUCCUCCCAAAGGAGGAACCGUCCAAGCCCAGUCCGGACAUGCUAGCCACUGCAGAGUCCAGCUCCAGUGAGACUGACAAGGAGGUGGUGUCUCCAGAUGUGACAGCUACAGCCACUUUCUCUUCUGUGGGGGAGCCAGGCCCUAACCCCACAGCCAUACCACCAGUGUGGGACCGUGGAGGACCUCCGCAGCAGGUUGCUUCCCCAGCCGUAGACAGCUGCCAGCCUGGCUCAGCCAGCACAGGUGUGGGGACCAAUGAGGACCUGAGGUUGCCCAGACGACGUCCUCCACCAGGGAAACAGAUACCCUGCUCUAGCCCUGGCUGCUGCCUCAGUUUCCCCAGCAUUCGUGAUCUGGCACAGCAUCUCCGUACCCACUGCCCGCCCACACAGUCACUGGAAGGCAAACUCUUCCGAUGCUCAGCCCUGAGCUGCACUGAGAGUUUCCCCAGCAUGCAGGAGCUGGUAGCCCACGGCAAGCUGCAUUACAAGCCCAACCGCUACUUCAAGUGUGAGAAUUGCCUCCUGCGCUUCCGCACUCACCGAUCGCUCUUCAAGCAUCUGCAUGUUUGUGCAGAGCAUGCUCAGAGCCCAGCCCCGCCACCACCCCCUGCCCUGGACAAAGAGCCACCUGUGCCCGAACGCCCCCCAGAAUCCGACCCUUCGUCUACUCUGAGCCUGCCAUUCCCACUACUUGAGCCUUUCACCUCUGCCCCCACUGGGCCGUUCCUUCCCUACUUGAACCCUGCGCCCUUUGGCCUGAGUCCUCCGAGACUGCGCCCAUUCCUGGCUGCUGCUCCAGGACCACCAGCCUCCAGCACUGCCAUCUGGAAAAAGAGUCAAGGUGCUGCCGGAAGUCCCAGAAGACCUCAGGGUGGCUCCGAUGCGCCCUCAGGGUACGUGGCCCCCAGCCGCAUCGUGUGGGAACACACGCGUGGCCGCUACUCGUGCAUGCAGUGCGACUUCUCCACGGCCUCACGGCCCGCCAUGACACUACACCUCCAGGACCACCGCCCCGGCGCCCCCACAGCCCUGGCGCCUGGGUCCCUUCAUGCCAAAACCCAGGAGAGUAAGGCUGAGGAAUGCUCAGGCAUGGAGCUAGAGGCAAGGGGUGAGGCCCAAGCUCAGCUGCCCCCUCCUCAAUUCCACAAAAACCCAACCUCAUUUGCUCCUGGGGUGUCACAACUGUCAGAGGGGGAGCGUCCCAUUUUCUCACAGCUUUGAACCAGCUGUGUUGGGCUGGGUGGAAGGGCCUGCAGAGAUUUUUUGUAAUUUGAGGAAGGAGGGGACAAUAAAAGAGGCAAGGUGA